CCGCUUUUAAUUUUCUACUCGAUUCAAAACACUGAUUCUUGAAUUUUUAUGGAAAUCAAGUUAAAUUAAGAAGAUAUCUUUACGCAUAGUCGGAAGAAGUAAAGCUGAAAAGAGAUAUUAUCAGACAAUCUCGAAGAAAUCUAAGCUCGAAGGCGACUUGGACCUUGCCUGCGGAGAACGUCGUGAGCACAACGGCGAAGGACGCCGGAUGCCUGACGUCGCGACGCUUCGUGGGACUUGACAAGAGCAGACAGGACGAUGAGCGUCAGAAUAGUUGUGAGUGUCACCGAGCUUACGAAUAUGGAUGCCAAGGAUCGUUAUCUUGUCGAGGGUAUCGCACUCUCUACAGCCACCGAGGAUGUGGGAGACGGGCCCCAAGGGCACGAAAACGACACCGAUUCAUAUUCGUUGUCACAUCUCGAUCCACCCACCGACAGUGUUUAUAUGAUAUAUGGAGUGUUGAUCGCUAUGCUUUUGGUCGGCAUCUUGAUCGUCCUACUUGCCGUAACGAUCAGCAAGCUGCGGAAACGCGAGGACCACCAUUCGAGCACGGACGCGGUGCAUCCUGAGGCGACAGUGGUGCAGACGGCUACCUCGCCCGGGACGAUCGCGACGAUCGCGACGACGCCGGCGCACCCCGACGAUUGCCGCACGCAGAUAUCGACCGACAUCGGCAACGGUGUCUGCAACGAGCACGUCUACGCCGCGACGACCGUCACGCCGUCAGCCAAUCCCGUCGAGCCGUUCGCGUGGCAGUUCCCGCCUCCGUAUCCACCACCCCACGUGCCAUCGGCGCAGUACACGUUGUACAACGAUCAGGAUACUCUUGUACACGCCUUGCCGUCGCAUAGGCCUGGAUUCGCGAAGGGCUUCCGUAAGAACCUCGGUGGACGCUGGCGUCGGUUGGUGAAACGAAAAGCCGAGUCAGAUACCUGUGCCAUUCCUCCCGAACUGAAGGAUCAGCUGAAGACCAUCUAUGUCUAUUGACAGCCGAAAGCCUGUCCUGAGAAAGAGUCUCCGAAAAUUAUCAAUGAAAAUCUGUCAAACAGAAAAAAAGAUUGAUAAAAACAAGAGGCUCUAGUCAAAAAGUUGAGAAAAAUAUGAAAGAGAUUGACAAGAAAUGAAAUGAAGAUUAGGAAGAAAAAUAAAAAAAGGAUCUGAAGAGAUUAAAACAUGCUAGGAAAAUGAAGAAAAGUGAUAAAAACACAAAGAUAGCUGAUAAUAACGAAAAUG